CACGUUACGCGCGCGCACAUCGAAGCUCUAUAUAAUAGUACAACACUCCAAUCGAUCCCUUUGUAGUAAAUUAAGUUACUCACUCACUCACUCAUCUAAGUAGCAGGCUCGCUACACUACACAGAAAGCAUCCAUCUAGUUAAUUAUGGACAACAACAACAACAACAACAAUGUCAAUAGUAAUAGUGAAGAGAUCCCAUCAGCACCCUCCACCCCAGCCACCCCAGGGACUCCAGGCGCCCCCCUCAUCGCCGGCUUCAACCACGGUCAUCACAGGCUUGGUCGGAAGCCGGCGUCACUGCUGAGGAACUGCAGCUGCUUCGCCGUCGAGGAAUGGGCCAUGGAGGAAGGCGUCGCCGGCCGCUUCCCUCCGGCCGUCUCUUGCUCUUUCUCCUUCCCCCGCCCUCCGCCCGUUUCCCUCGCCCGCAAGGUGGGAGCUGAAUUCAUAGGAACCCUGAUCCUGAUCUUCGCCGGGACCGCGGCGGCGAUCGUGAACGAGAAAACGCAAGGGUCGGAGUCGCUGCUGGGGCUGGCGGGUUCGUCGGGACUCGCGGUGAUGAUCGUGAUAUUGUCGACGGGACACAUCUCCGGGGCCCACCUCAACCCGGCGGUCACCAUUGCCUUCGCUGCCCUCAAACACUUCCCCUGGAAACACGUACGCACGAACGAGCGCGCGCGCGUGCCGGUGUACAUUGGAGCGCAAGUGGCGGCGUCGGUGGUUGCCGGGUACGGGCUGAAGGCGGUGUUUCAGCCGGUGAUGGGAGGAGGGGUGACGGUGCCGGCGGCCUCCGUGGGCUACGCACAAGCUUUCGCGUUGGAGUUCAUCAUCAGCUUCAACCUCAUGUUUGUCGUCACCGCCGUCGCCACCGACACCCGAGCUGUAGGGGAGCUAGCCGGAGUUGCAGUAGGGGCUACUGUAAUGCUCAACAUUCUCAUUGCUGGGAACACAACCGGUGGUUCGAUGAAUCCGGUGAGAACUUUGGGGCCUGCGGUAGCUGUGAACAACUACAAAGCGAUAUGGAUCUACCUCACUGCCCCCAUACUCGGGGCACUAUGUGGAGCCGGGACUUACGUAGCUGUUAAGCUUCCUGAUCAGGAGGAGGAUGGAGAUACUCAUGAGAAGCCAGCAACAUCAAGGAGCUUCAGGAGGUGAUACCGACGAAUUGGUUGAUGAUCAGUGGUAUUAUCCAAACGAAAAAAUAAACCAGCAUCUGAAAAUACAAAGAGAGUGUAAUUCAUGUACUUCUUCUUGAGUUUAACUGGCAAUAAUGCAUAGAUAGGCUAAGGAGAUGCUGCAAUAGUUGUUCCCUGUUUGUACAAUGAAUAAUUCUUUAUGCAUUGUGUAUAGUUAUGUUGGACGAAGAUCCACCGGCGAAUUCGAUGUUUCUGCAUUCAAUAGCCUAGACAGACAGCAAAUUCAGACCUAUUGCAAGUCUUCAAUCACCUCUUUAACAAACACAAGCAAGCACAAGUGGUGCAGCAAAUACUAAACCUCAAUAUGUAUCUUUAGGAAUUCAUCUGACACUUCACAAACUGCUUCAGAAUCACAGAACGGGAUCAGCCAUUUAGCAAAAAUAACCAAGCAGAGUUUCUGCUAUGAGCACUACAUUUGACAGCAGGUAACUUGACAAUCAUAUUCAACAGAAGAAUCAGAGAGCUAACCCCGGGAAAACACCUCUACAAAGUUGGGCCAGAAUCACUGAAGACUCACUCACCUCCCCUGUUACGGGAGAUUGUUCGAAAAAGGUGAAAGAUUGAUUACACCAAAGGAUUUAGCUGCUGAUAGUGUCAAAUGCAGUUCAUUGCUUGCUUCAUUCGAACUCCUAAAACAAUUGCUAUGGAAAUUGUGUUUGACCAAACAAGAAACCCUAUCCUAUAUCAGCUCCAUGAUCUGAAUACUCACUAGUACAGUGGGAACUGAGAGAGAACUGACCUUACCGUAUCAUCUUGCUGCUGCAAUUUCACUGCUCAAGAUCCAGAACUCAGAACUCCCAUUUUCUGUUGAAAACAAAAAAAAAGGCAGAAACUUUCUCCUCCACACUACAAAGUACAAACUACACUCCAGCAACUAAUUGCUUCUGAUUCUGGAGAACCGAGCGCCACAUCUCUCAAGCUGGGAGAAGUCGGGACUAAACAGGGAGAGCUCGCCGGGUCGAACCCGAAGGGGGAUCUGAUCCUACUGAGCUUCUGCAGAUCGAGAGAGCGAAGGCGGCGACUAACACGCCAAUUAGAUCGGCAACAGCGUCCUUGGCGGAGGCACCGGCGGAAGGGAAGAUUCCGAGGUGGUCGGCAGCCUCUUUGGCGGCGCCAGCCAGGAGGGAAAGGAUGGAACCGACCCAAAUCGAGUGGCGGCGCAGAAACGAGUAGGGAGUUACGGAGGCGAGUUUGGAGAAGAAGAGGGUGAGGAAUAGACAGAAGAGGAAAUGGUAGAGUUUGUCCCUGGCGAGCCAAGGAUCUUCAUCGGACAUUGACUGACGGACUCACUCGGCUCCUGUCUAUCACUUGCUAGCUACUGCCUCCUGGCCUCCGGCGAGUGGGUCGUUGGUUCAAUGGGAACAGGGGAGGCUUGGCUCUUUGGCUGUUGAGACGAUUU